CUACUCUGGACUGAUCAAUUACUUUUAUUAUAUCUCUCUUCCUUUCUCUCUCUAAUAUCUUAAAUAGUCCUCCUCCCUCAUUCCCUGCAUCCCUCCUCAUUUGACUACAUCUGAUUGAAUCCGAUUAAUCGCAUUUAUUCAUCUCUUGGAAACAUGAGUCAUUCUGCUGGUCAGCAUCAACAUGACAAGAAUCAUGUGAAAACAGCGGCUAGUGACCAUAGUACAACCCUCAACGAAGCAGAAGCUACUGUUAAAAAGGACCACAACUCCUCAAUUUCAAAUAAGGGCGUUAAAAUUUCACCAGCUUUGGCAUGUGCUGUUCGAGUAUGCAUUCGAUCAUAUGGAGUUGGGUUCGUCUUUGCAACUGCUCCCAAACUAAUCAGGACGUUGAUCACUUUUAUCUUGAGCCCCCGUAAGGCCACACCCAAGGGUCAAAACUUCAUUGCAGCCUUCCUGAAAACUAUCUGGGCUGUACUCAAGGACGGUGCGAGCCCUAGAAAGGAUGGUAUGAGCAUGCUAUUGAUGAUCUCGUUGGGAGGAUAUAAGUUACUAGAAGUGUUUUUGAACCAUGGGAUGAAGAAGGUCAUUCUUACACAGCACCUACAACAACAGCAGCAAAAGCAACAGCAAUCCCAACAAUGGUCCAGGGGCGACACAUCCAAGGUUGAGCUCCCUGCAGAUCUGCGACAGCGUACUACGAUGAUGGCCUCAUUCCUGGCCUCUGCUGCAGCAAUUAUCUUUAUGCAUAAAAGACGGCCUGGAUACGCAACAAUUGAUUAUACUCUGUUUGCAGUGGUGCGUGCUUUGGAUGUAUUUGGCCAUGUAGCAGUCAAAAAUCGGUGGGGACCAAGCUGGUUAGGUUCUUAUGGAGCCGUUGCAGUCUUUGUAUUGGCUUGCACUGAAAUUAUGUUCUCAUGGAUAUAUGAGCCUGAGCGAUUGCCAGGGCCAUAUGCUUUCUGGAUUACAAAGAUGUCGCGAAUGGACAAGCGGCUACUGGAAACCUUGCGUGCUGUUAGAGCAGGCACUGCUCAAUUUGGCCAGUCCAAUCCUCCAGAAGUGAGUGGAUUGUUGACGAGCCUGUGCGAAGACCUUGGCAUGGAUCCCAAGAUGGGCGACUUGGAGUUGCGUAGGCGCCUAUCUUGCAAGGUUGUGCAUCAGGGUAUCAGUCCAUCGUGUGAGGUACACACUGGUUAUCGCUGGAUUCAAGGCUUCCUAGUAUCUUCAGGAAUCUAUUUGCCAGUGCAUCUCUUGCCAGCGCUACUCAAUCCGAAGGUAUUCUUCCAGAAACUUCAUGAUAAUCCUAUUGCCACAGUUACAUCCACACUGCUGGCAACGGCUCGAUCCAGUGCGUUCCUCGCAACUUAUAUUGCCUUGAUCUGGUAUGGAAUCUGUUCCUGGCGAUCCAAGGUGAUGCCUUUGACCAUGAAGCUGACUGGCAAACGCUAUAACGGCAAUGUGGUCGACAAUAUCUAUGGACCUUUACUGGGAUCUUUCAUGUGUGGAUUCUCGGUUUUGAUUGAAAAGCCUCAUCGUCGUGCAGAGAUGGCACUGUAUGUCUUGCCAAGAGCCAUGUAUUCUAUGUGGAGUCGAGUGAUGUCUGGACGGUUGAGCAGAAGGGUUGAGAUGAUGGGAGAGACAUUUAUUUAUGCUUUUUCAAUGUCUGUAUUAUUGACGGGAAUGAAGUGGAGGCGUGAUAUGGUUCGACCAAGUAUGCAGGGUCUUUUAGGAUGGAUGUUAGAGAUGCCCAAACAACGUGGACCCCGUCACGGACACCAUGGACAACACCAGCAUAAGCAAAAACCAGAAGGAAAGCCAAGUAACGAUAUCCAUCCACACACAGAAGCGGAAGCAAGCGUGAAGACAAAUCAAACAAAAGUAACCGAUUCAUCCAGCUAGCUUGUAUCAAAUAAGUAGAAGCCAAUAUUAUUGAAUACAUAUCAGUUUAUAC